UAAACUUCAAAGAGGUGAGCGACUACCAGUAGUAACUUUGAACUUGCGAUUGCUAUCCAUUGCGGUCAUUCCCUGACCAUUCAGCUCUAACGGCGCCCCUGAUUUCCAACAAAGAUCUCCUUCGUUGGUUUAAUCCAUGAAAAUAUCUUCCGGGUCCAGUGCUUUGAGGGCCGGCUACUUUCUAGCCCUGUGGACUCUGGUGCGAGCCAAAACUCUACUAAACGCUGCAUUUGUCCCUGCUGCUUCGCCAUCGGCAGCUUCUCGCUGUCAAACGCAGCAAGACUUUCUGCACCGGUCACCCGGUGAAUUUUCGAUAUCUCUACAAGCCAAGAAAAAGAACGCACCGCCAACGAGUAGUGCCAAGAAAAUUCAAGUGAAGCUGCUUAAGUAUGUCGCUGGAACAGGCCAGGCCGGGGAAAUCAUAAUGGUGACGCCACCCUUUUUCAACAAUAAGCUACGACCGACCAAAUCGGCUGUUAUGAUCACGGAUGAAGAAGUUGCAAAGGAGCAAAUGGAAUCAAACGAACAGCAGCGUCAGCUAUUGGAACAAGCGAACAGAGUGAAGCAAACGCUUGAAGCUCUUACGGUACAAAUUUCUCGUAAGGCUGGACCAGACGGUCAAUUGUUUGGAGGUGUUGGACCUAAGCUAAUUAUGGAUGAGCUUGCAUCCAAAUUAGGCGGCGAAGAGUUUUUGGGCUCAAAAGGGGUAAAAAUUGCCUCCAUUACCGACCCCAAUGGGAAAAAAAUGCGUGGCGACAUCAAAAACACUGGUGAAUUUGAAGCUACAGUAACUUUGGCAAAAGACGUAUCAGCCAAGUUAACUGUAACAGUAAAGGCCGAAAGCUGAUCUUAUAUUAGCUUGGAACGCGAAUAC